AUGGCUUACCCUCCUGCGCGAAAGCUGCAGAUCGAUCUGGGCAAGGCAGUCAACGGCAAACAGGACACUAAAUUGGAGAGCCUUCUGAAGGCCGACCAUUUCGAUGAACGCAUCAAUGAAAGUGACCUUCGCGCAUUACUGGCGAAAGCCAUAAUCGUUGGCUACUCGAAUGGCGUCCGACUGUUGCUCGAAGCAGGAGCCAACCCCAACGGUGAUCCCGGCAAGGGCCCUCUACAUCGUACCAUCGCCAAUCCCUACGACAAGACUCGAAAUGAUAUUGUCACUCUUCUCCUGAGCAACGGAUGUGACAUUGAAGCUACAGACGAUGAUGGGAGGACUCCCUUGAUGAUUGCUUGCCAUCGUGGCCGAAACGAUGUCAUAAAGACACUGCUUGCUUGCGGAGCUGAUCCCAAUGCCGAAGACAAUUCCGGCAAGAACACUCUUCAAAUCAUGGCCUCCGAAUCGAACCGCAAUAUGCAGUGGACUUCGGAAGUCUUGUCUCUGCUCCUAUCGAAAAUCAAGGACCUCAACAAACGCGACAAAGAGGGCCGCGAAGGUCGGACGCCACUCCUCUGGGCUGCCGCAAGAGGCCAGGUUGCACUCGUCGGAGCACUACUUACACCGGGUCAGAGAACAGUUGAUGUGAAUCAGACCAACGACCAGAGACAUUCGGCGCUACAUUUGGCGGCUCGCCAUGAUGAACCUGAAAUCAUCAAACUGCUCAUUCAGUCCGAUGCGAGGAGGGAUGCUAAGAGCGAUGGUGGUUGGACGCCCCUGAUUGUGGCUGCAGAGGCAGGUAACGAACGUGCUGUCGAUGCUUUAUUGACCUCAAAUGCCAAUGUCAAUGCGCGCACCUCCUCUGGAAUGACUGCCUUACACUGGGCUGCCGACAAUGGGCAUCUGAAGGCUGUCCAACGCAUUUUGAUAGUGGACAAGGCCUUGAAGAACACGAAGGAUAGUUUCGAUAGCACACCACUGAUACGAGCGGCUCAGAAUGGCCAUUGGCCAGUGGUGGACGAGUUGCGUCCCUAUGUGCUGCAGGGUCCGACAAAUCCUAUCGCACGAAAAGCAUGUGAGCGCUUUCGAGCAGCUACCAAAGCCAACAAGCCUGGAGGGGUGAAGAACAAAGUCAACAAGCACACUGUCUGGCAAAUCCUCUAUGCGAGGGAUGCCAAAGACCCCAACAAGUUCGUCGUUCCAACAGUCACCGACAACAUGGAGUCGAAGAAGCCGCUGUUCCGUUGGAUUCACCUUCCCGCGAACAAUAUCUCGUGGCUCGAGGCGCUUCUUACCAAGCACUACCUUGAGGGAAAUGCGAGAGAUGUCUCCACCUUGAAAUCCAUACUACACAUCCUGAUGCGCCAGCAGCAUCGCGGCGCUAAGGUGCACUCGCGUUUCAUGCGACCUUCCUGCAAGCGCAUCUGGGUUCAUCAAGGAAGGCCAUCAGAGUCGACUUUUACCAGUCCUGAAAGACCAUCAACCUCUAAUCGUGCUGUCACACCUACAACGCCGACGCCGGCGUCCAAGUCCUAUCCUCCACCAACGCCCAACGAGACUCAGCAGGAAGAAGAUGUCAUGGCACUUUUCAUGCCCUAUCUUCACUAUGAAACGCACGAAAACAGGACGUUACUGGCUCAGGCUAUACGUGAGCCACCGGGAAAUACUCAUGCGUUGGAAGAGUCGGAGCUGUCAAAACUGGACAAGGACCUUUUGCUGAUUCAUGGCUAUGUGGACGCUUCGACUGACCUACACCCACGUCGAACACUAGAUCAAUUCAAGCAUCACAGUACCGGGACCGAAUAUCAAGAUGCUGAUCAAGUUGUGUAUAGAUACUGUAAGAAGACCAAGAAAGUACCCAAGAUCUUCAUGGUGGAUCAGCUAUGGCUCUUCAUCAUUGGCGACCUCCUCAUCACUUGCUUUCCGGACCGAUGGAGGCAACCUCACCGAGAUCCUCUCAACCUCUUCGAAGGCGUGGUCGAAGACAUCAAUUCCACCACCCGGCCCCCUGUCAGGAAUGUCUUUGAGCUUGCCACUGUGAUCACUGAGAGAUGCAUCGGCACCUUCGACAGGCUACAAUGGGACUAUGACGAACUUAUGUUUGCCGAGAUGUUCGAGUUGAGUAUUGGACGCCUUACAAGGAAAGAGACACAGUUGUUUCGACGCUUCAAGGAUGCGUCUGCUCACUGGCUCCGAGACCAUGAGCACGGCAAUAUCCUCUACGACGGCCAGGCCGGCAGUGGCUCAGAUGGAUAUCUCCUGGACAGGUCAUCCGAUGAUGAAGACGAGGGGACCGCAUUAUCUCAUCGGCAACAACACAAAUGGCACAAUAGUCAUCAGGAGGCCGACUUGUUCGUCAACGACCUCAAAACUCUCGAUAAAGAGGCCGCCUUGUUAGUGGAGUGUAAGGAUGUUGAAGACGAGCUGGAUACUCUGACCAGCGUCCUUGGACAACAAAAGCAAGUCCUUGUUCAUCUGGACGCGGCACUCCGGGCCUCGAAGAAUGUGGCACGUACUCAGCGUGACCGUCUUGAGCUCUACAAUAAGGUCAAGGAACAGCAGCAACUGGUUGAUUUGGACAUUGUUGACCUGCAGCGCAUGGCACGUCAAGCCAAGAGCGUCAAUGACAAUCUCACUCAGGUACUGGACUUGAAACAGAAGCAUGCCAAUGCCGUGCAUGCGAGUUUACAACGUAAGCAAGCUCAGGAAUCUGCACGACAAGGGCGGACAAUCAUGGUCUUCACCAUUGUUACAAUUGUGUUUCUUCCUCUGAGCUUUCUGGCGAGUUUCUUUGCCUUGAACGUUAUCGAGUUCCCUCGUCCUGCUGACUCUGGUGGGGGGGAGUUGCACUUGCGCUGGGUGAUCAAGUAUAUCCUCGGCAUCGGGUUGGCAGUCAGUGUGCCCUUGAUUGGCCUCGCAUUUGCGAUUGGGGACAUUCAAGCCUGGUUCGAGAGACGCAGGCGGGAUAGAUAUCGUAGCCAGCAACAACUUGAGGCUACGAAAGCACGGCAGAUCUCUACGAAACAGCAGGGGUUUGCCCAAGGCCAUGACUUCGCAGAGAAGCGAACACUCAACAUUGGCUGGGCAAAGGGUCUUUUGAGGCGUCGCGGACAACCCUCCGGACGUGACACCGAGAUUGGGCUGCCGAAGCCCGAUGAAAGCUUUUCAAGCCACACCGACUUGUCCAAGCAGACGUUCGUCCCGCGCGCGCAAACCGGACUCCAGGGGCAUUUACAGCAACAACGGACAAACACCCAGCUGGCAGCCUUGCACACAUUUGCGAGACCGCAGGUCCCAAAUGGACGGCCACCAAUGUCUUCGAUGGACUCCACGGGGCAGAUACCACGGUACUUAGCACGCGUUGGCACAAGAGGGACAGUUCAUUCUGAUGGGACGGAUGAUCUGGAUGGUGCAAGGGGAUUUGGGAUGUGA